AACACUAUACACACUAAAUACACUCUGUGUGUGUUGUUGUGUUCAGACGGCUGUGAUUUCACUCUGGAUCUGAACACAGCGCAGCGUCGUCUCUCUCUGAGUGAGGAGAACAGGAGGGUGGAGAGGAGAGUGGAGCUGCAGUCGUAUCCUGAUCAUCCAGAGAGAUUUAAUGUGUGGCCGCAGGUUCUGAGUAGAGAGAGUGUUACUGGUGUUACUGGACGCUGUUACUGGGAGGCUGAGUGGAGCGGGGGAUAUGGAGCUGAUGUAGCUCUGAGUUAUAAAACCAUCAGCAGGAAAGGAGGAGGAUUAGACUGUGUGUUUGGAGGGAAUAUAAAUUCCUGGAGUCUGAGCUGCUCUGAUAUCAGAUACUCUGUUCUUCACAAUAAUAACAGAACUGAUCUCUCCACUCCUCCCUCCGACUGUAGGAGAGUAGGAGUGUAUGUGGACUGUCCCUCCGGCACUCUGUCCUUCUACAGAGUCUCCUCUCAUACACACACACACUCACACACACCCUCACCCUCUCUCACACACUUACACACAUUCUACACCACCUUCACUCAGCCCCUCUAUGCAGGGUUUUGGGUUGGUCCUGGCUCCUCAGUGCAUCUGUGUAAGAUAGAAUAACCCUGUGUGUAACAGUGAUUCUGUGUGUGUGUGUGUGUGUGUGUGGG